CUUUGCGGCAUUCGCAGUGGAUUGGUGACGAUCGAUAAGCAUUGCGAGGCGCCGGAUUACACUCGCAAUGUGUUAAGUAAUAUUAUAUACGCGAAAGCAAUUCAUGAAUCCGCGUCUGUUCAUCAUGCUUUGUUAGUGGCUCAGUGGGUACCAGUACGAGAUUGAUAAAGUGUCGCUUAAAACAAGCCGCAGCAAUGCUUUCACGAGGCAACACUGCACCAAUGUUCUACCGGAUACUGUCAAAGUUCCCGCAAAGCUUUUCUUUUUGCUUUGCGUACGGCUCCGGCGUAAAACAACAACUUGGGUACGACGCGGUGCGAUCAAAGCGCAACAUGAUCGAUCUCAUAUACGUUGUGGAUAAUGCGCACCGUUGGCACGCGGCCAACCUGGAGCAAAAUUUCGAGCACUACUCCAGCAUGCGUUUGCUUGGCGGCGGACUGAUAGCGAAAUAUCAGGAAACGUUGGGUGCCCGCGUCUACUUCAACACCCUGGUACAGAUUCCCCAGGAAGACGUGAUCAUCAAGUAUGGUGUCGUGUCGACGAAAGACCUACUGCAGGACCUCGUAGACUGGCGGAGCCUCUAUCUGGCUGGACGGCUACACAAACCCGUAGAAAUCAUACGCAAUGCUUCCAGCUCGAAAAUUCAAAACGCCAUCGAGCAGAACCUCCGUUCGGCCGUACAUGCGGCCCUUCUGUUACUCCCGGAAAAAUUCACCGAGUUCGAGCUGUACCGGGCAAUCUCGAAGCUCAGCUACACCGGCGAUUUUCGGAUGAUUUUCGGUGAAAACAAGGACAAAGUGAACAACAUUGUGCGGCCACAAAUUGAAAACUUUCGCAAUCUCUACGCGGCCACGCUCGACGAGCAGCGCCACUGCCUGGAGCUUCCGUUCACAGGCAGUGACAAUCAGAUAUGCUGCCAGGACCUCUCGGAAACGUCGAUUUUGGCCCAUCUUAACGGUCUUCCCAAGUGGCCCGUACGACUCAUCGUGGAGCGUCAAACGAGUGGCCGGUACCGCCAGGACACGGAAGAUAUACUCAUCGGUGUUUCUCGAUCGUCGAACUACAAAGAAGUUGUUGCGAGAUGUUUGCGGUCCAUCGUCUGGUCGAGCAGUGUGUGGCAGUCGAUUAAAAAUAUUCCCACUGCCGGGGUCAGGAAAUCCAUUCGUUACAGUUGGGCGAAGGCAUUGAAAACAUUCAGCUAAAUAAGCCAUCGGAAUCGAAGCGGAUUAAUUUUCUUCAGGGAAUAAAACGACUAGUCGAUAGUAUUGUAAAUAAUGUUUCAGAUAAUGCACGAAUAAAGGGAAGCUACAGCUUGAAACACUCAAAAUUGGGGUUAUUGGCUAAA